CACGUAUAGAGUACUCCCAGCAGGUCGACGAUGAUCCCCGAAGGGAGUAUCCUCCGAGUGAACUCCAGGAGUGGGAGAACCGCAAUGCGUUCAUGGUGCAGCUUACCGCGAAAGCAGACCAUCUCGGCCAUACCAUUGAUGCAUCACUAUAUGCGCUAUGGGCGUGCCGAGAAACGUUUGAGGAGUGUGAUCCGCUGGUGGAAGAGGCUGUGCGUAUAUCAUGUAUCUGGUAUAUUUAUGCCAGCCAGCGGAUGUGGGAGAACUGCCAGGUCCGACGAACAUUCGGAGACGCUGAGAAUCCUUCUCCGCGACAGCGCUUUACCAUGAAAAAGUGGUAUCAUUGGAGGAACGGCUUGAAGGCGGCACAGCUUCAGUUCCCCCGGGCGAGUACGCAAGAGAUGAUACAGAAGGUAUUGACAGAGAUUGAGAAAGCGGAACGUGGGGAGUGAGGAUCUGUAGGGAAUGUCCUGAUAUCCAGUCGUGAAGUUCAGGAUAUAUUCGAAUUCAAGUACUCGUCACUUCAGGGCUAGUGUUACUAACUGGCAGGGCCCUAGUGGCAAAGCAUGAAUGGAACCUGCAAUCUGAAUCGCAUGUUUAGUUGAGAGUAUCAAUGUAUCGGGUAGCCGUCUGAUCAAGACGACUGUUGCAUGUUGCCGAGCUGCCUAUAAACGACGUUAUGUUCAGGGAUUUUCUUAUCCAAUAUAAAUAUUAUUCACAUGAUCUCAUAAUUUCCUCAGCGUAUUAGGCCUUCGAUGCCGUUGUAUAACCUUAUUCCCGUUAUAAUAGGUUAU